AAGUAUUCUAAAAUGUGAAGAAUACAACCCCGGGGCUACAAAAUGACCCCUGGGCGUACGGAUAUGGUUAAAUCAGUUACAUUCAAUAUUUAUAUAAUGCAUUGGUUGAAUGACUUUUAAAACAUGCUGUGGUACCACACUUACAUUGACUCAUAGUAUGAUAUGAGUAUAAGAUAACCUGUAAUUCUAAGAAGAUGUGAAGAUUGUUUUGAGAUACACAGUAUUACUGAAAAUACCGAAUGGCCUUGAACUUCAUUUCCAUCACAAAUUAUAUUUUAUAAAAUGUAGAGAUACAUGAUAAUUAAUCUGGGUUUUUUCCUUGAUCAUUAUUUAACUCAUUUAGAAGCUAAUGCAAACGACCACUGUGCAUGUAGAGCUUAGUCCUGAAUGAAUUAAACAAUUUUUUUUUAUGUAAGUUAUUUGGAAACUUUAAGUUACUUUGUCAGAAUUUAUCCUUGAGUGCUAUUAAAUGGUUUCAUUAUUUUGUCAUCAGAUAAACAAUGGGGAAACGGAAAGCACAAGGAGGAGAUGAUUUGGAUGGAGAUCAGUCCGUCCCUCUGCCCAUACAGACAUUUUUCUGGAGGCAAACAAGCCCCUUUAUUAGACCGAAGCAAGGAAAACUAUGUGAGGCUUCCUGUGUGUCAUUUGAAAGAGUGGUGGUCCAGAAUAUUCUGCAUGGCCUGUCUCCCAGUUUGUGUGAGGCGGUCCAGAGUGUGUCCAGAUGGAAAGUGGUACAAGCGGCCUUCCCACAUCUCAUGCAUGCCUGCUCCUCCCUUAUUGCAGCCUGCAAACAGGGUAACCCAGACAAUCGUUUUGGUCCGAGUGAGACGAAGCUGCUGUACACGUUGCACUGGAUCAUUCUAGACGCGGCCUCAGAGUGUGAAGAUGCCGAUGCCGAGUUCAUGGCAUUGCGGGAUCGAACUGGACCCUCCACGCACAUGCACGCCCUGAGCACUGUGCAGCUGUUUGUGUACCUUUUUGCACCACUGGUGCACCUUCUCAAAGGACUUCAAGAGAAAAUAUUGCCUUUCUGUUUGAUGAGUCCACCAGCCACCAGAGCUUUGAGGAAGUCAACCCCCAGAAUGCCCCCUUAGCACGGAUGAGUGACAUUUGCACUUUAUCUACAGCCGACUCACAGACUGCCACAAUGGAGGUCAUCUGCGAGAACUGCAACACAGUGAUUCCCGUCAAGAGCAGUGAAGGUGGCUUGACUUGCCGCUGUGGCCGUAAAGACACCCUAGUUGCCUUCUUGCCGGACUCGAACAACUACGCCUUCCUCAAGCUGACCUCCACCGUGGACAAGGACUACGUGAAGCAGAAGCUGGCCUCGGCAGUGACCAGUGGGACCAGAGCUCCGGGUGCGCUGGACAUUCUCAGUGCCAGUUACCUCGACGUGGCUGUUCUCAGGUGUCUCUUCUGCCUCAGCUGGUCUGAAGACGGCAUUUACUGGGCUCUCAGAUACAUGCACCAGCGCAUGCUAGAGGUCUGUCGUGAGUUCAGCAACAUAGACACCAAAGAGCGAUCUCGUAGCUCCUCGCUGCCCAUCCCCGACCUCAAAGUGCUGACUGUCCCGAGCAAGUCUGGUGGUGGCGGUAUGAGCAGUGUGGUGGAACCUCCGUCUGGUCCCCCCACCCCCACAGCGCUGGCCCCCGAGACGUGCUCGCCCACCAUGAAACAUGUGCCGGGGCUGGAGACCCGGAGGACAGCCAUCACCGCUUCUGGGGGUUUCCAUUUGCCGGAGUCUCGGAAGGAGCCACCGUUCAAGAAGAUCAGGGGCGUAGAACUGAAGCAGUUUUUUGAUUCCGGGAAGUCGUUUUUACGCAAGAGGGAUACGAGUGAUGAAGGCAAGGAGGAGGAGAGUGAAAUUCAUCGACCGACCUCGGCCAUGGGAUCCUACAGGGAACAGGAAGACAGAUUUGAUUCUUUGACUGGAGGGGGAUUAUGUCGUAAAAGUCUGCCUACUCUGAGCCAGCCGGACAAAGAGUCAGUGGGCAGUAGCAGUGGUCAGUGCAGUGGACAGGAUUCCUCCACAUCGUCCCAGGCUGAUCUCCAGGGCAAAGCUCAGCCGAUGGCGGACAAGGAGGCAAUUAGGAGGCCGAUUAUUCGCAUAACUAAACACAGUCCGGAGGUCAAAGAAGAGGCCCCAGAGUCCCCCAAUCUGCCGAGGAGCUUCACUGACUCAAACAUUUCUUAUAAACACGAUGGAGAAAUCACAGAGGUGGGAGGCUCCAAGUUCUACAUCCAGGAGAAUGGUCACAUCAACUACAAGGUCGUUCUGCGUGCCCUCCACUUUGUGUCCAUGAACGAGCACUCUCCUCGCAUCUGUGAGGUGCUGCUGAACCUGCUCAACUGUCUGCUGGACCUGGACAUCAUAGAGAGGAAGCAGGCUGCGAAACCAGCGGCUACAGGGCAGUCCACAGCGAGCUCGACCACGGGUACGCCUGAAGGUCAUGAACAGACCCCUCCCAAGGCAUCUCCUCAGGAGGAGAGUCAGAGUGGUCAGGGAAGGGAUGAAGUGACCGCCCUUAGCCUGGCGAUGGACAGCCUGUUCAGGAUCUACAAAGCACUGGGUUGCCCUCACGGCUGUGGCGACGGUGUGAUGGGUUCUCAAGGAGAUCACCUACGGCUCAAGGGACAGAACUGCCUGCAGCGGCUUCACCGCAUCAACCCGGCCAUGUUCCACAAGUUCCUCAAGGACACGGUCAAGAAGCGCCCCCUCCAGGAGACGGUGGAUUUCCUGCAUGCUUUUCUCGGGUUUUGUUUUGACCCUACCUCUUUGGUGCAGUCCCCGAUGUCCCAGAAGAAGUCAAUGUCCCAAGAGAACAUCCCUCGCAAUGGCUAUUCCAACAACUUUGGCCACAGUGUGGGUGGGGAAGGGUACCGGGGAGUGGAGGGUGUGCUCAUGGCCAACCUGGUCAAGCCGAUGGUCACUCGCUGUGUGGAGUGUGCUACAGAGCUGUACGGCAAUGAGAACAUUAGCCUGUUCUGUGAUGUGCGUCAGCUGAUGGGCUACAUCAAGGAAAUUCACGGAGGUACAUUCAGACGUGUUGCUCUCAGUGGACUGCUGGACUCCUUACAGAAAAUGCGGAAGGAAAGUGCGGAACGGAAGAAAGAGCAAGCGCUUAAGAAGCCACAUAGCUCUCCAAUCAGACGUACGACCUCUGUGACCUCGGAGAGCGGUGAUGAGAAGGAGACUGCGCCUUUGCUGAGACAGGAAAAAGUGCAAAGCACAGAGGACGCCAUUGGUCGUCGAAAGUCGAAGAAAUCUCUGUUUAGAAGCAAGAUCACCAAACUGCUGCCUGGUCAGUUGUCCAACACAGCACAGUAUGCAGCCAGUGACUCGGAGAUCCUGGACGAAGGGCCUGGCAAGAGCCCCCGCACCAGCAUCUCGGCCGCAGAGGAGGAUUCUCCGUCAUCCAGCACUACUCCGCGACGCCGAUUCAGCAAGUUCAACAUUGGAUGGAGACGUGGUACCAAAAGUGACCAUGAAGACGACCAAGGAUCCGACCCGCCUCCCCUGGACAGACGAGAGAGUCGCAGCGAGAUACAAGUGCACCGCACGGCACCGGCUGGCCGUGGCCGCAUGUCCUUUAAGGCGGCCAGUCAGGCUACCUUGACUUUCCUCAGUGCUCGUAAAAGAAUUGAGGACGGAAUCAAAACUCUGGGCAAGAAGAUGACGCGCAAAGGCAGUUGUGAUGAUUUUUACAAGCAGAGGUCCGGCUUGACCAGAGAGAGUGGUCCUGAGACGAAUCUGGUGCGAGAGAAGAAGAUGGUGGACAAAUAUCUCAUCAAGUCGGGCAUGCUGCGCUUCUCGUUCCUGCUGGAGUGUUGUCACCCAGGGUCUCUACCUGACCCUCAGCUGGUGGCUUCCAUGCUGGACCUGGACGCCCCAGUGUCAUCGAGAGCGUCUCUGUUACUGGAGUGUGCCCACUUCAUUCAUCGCUGCAACCGCAACGACUGGCCCAACUGGAUGAAGCUGAACCUGCCUAGCUUCCGGCACACUGUGGCCGCGCUGCAAAACCGCGGACAGCCUUCAGGAUAUCGCAGGAAUCUCAUGUUACAGCAAGCCGCCGGACGCAUGUUUUAUUCCUGGGCUGAGAACCUGGGCCUCCAUUUGGAGUAUAUUUUGGCCAAAGAACACGCAGACCGGCUGGCUGUCAUUGAUGACGUAAAGGACGAGGCGAGGAGGAAGGAACUCAGGACUGAGGAUGAGGAAGAAGAUUUCCUAGAUGAAGCAUCGGUGAACCAGAAGGGCAAGGAGUGCCCGUACGCUCUCAAGAUGCUGGCCUGUCUGGUCCUGCUGGAGAUCACCACGUUCCUGCGUGAGACGUUCCAGUACCUUCCACGUUCACGCAGCCAGAAGCGAGAGCAUGUGUGGGAGAAGAAUGUGAGUAGCCGUCGCUACAGCAGCAUCGUCAGCAGCCCGGGACACUCGGACAAAAGCUCAGAAUCCAACGUGGCAGAAUUGCCGUCUGGCAUCAGUAAUGUGGGCAGUCCGGGGGACAGGAAGAUCAGUUUUGCUGUGUUGACGGAGCGCUCUGACUCUCUGCACAGUAGCACCACCUCCCUGUCCCAGCUUGACCCCUCGGGCACUACGGAGGACAAGGAGAAGAAAGGUCGACGACUGGCUCAGGGAAGACAGAAGCUUCUACGCCAUUUUGGUCGAGGAUCGGGACACAAUCUGAGCUUCCGACGCAGCUUCAAGUUGAUGAGACCGGAUGGAGCUGGUGGAAUGUUUUCCUUAUCUUUCGAUGCCGGUGGUGGCAUGAAGCAGGGCAGCAUCAAGUCUCGCAAGAUCAGCAGCCACUCGCUGCAGUCUGACAGCAAGUACGCGGACGAGGAGACGGGUGGAGUGGCAGGCGGUGGCCUGGGCGGGGAGGACUCGGAGUCUGUGGCAAUGCUGAGUGACGACACACAGGAGUCGCCAGGAGACCGCGAGAUCGAGAUGGAGGAAGAGCACCUGUACACGAAUCUGCCCUGGAUCAAGGUGGUGGUCCAGUUGGCGAACUUGUCCAACUUUAUCUGCAGCCACCAGAACUACUGUCACCCAAACUGCUACGAGAGACAGCGCCGAUCAUGCUCACGUCUCACGGCUGCCAUCAGGAAAAUCUAUGAGUCGACCGAGGAGGACGAAAGAGAUGUGGGCAAGUCAGGUGAUGGACGGAAAGACACGCUGAAAGAAAAACUGAAAAGACGGGAGUCAAUUUUCCAAGUGACUUCCCCAUCUCAGAGGAGGAGAGAGAGCACUCCCUUGUUGGAGAAGAUCAAGACAGACGUGUCUUUGACUAAGCUCAAGCUGAAUUCGACAUGGAAAAAAGAUGACAAGCCAAAGGAAACAAAAGAAGACCCUCCUAUCCUAAAGUACCUGGUUUCACAGCCUCUGUGUUUCUCCUGUCGUCUGUGAAGUCUUCGGAUAAAGCAAGGAAUAUGAUCAUCAAAGAGCUGCAGCAUGAGGAGACAAGCCAAAGGAUCAAUGCUGUUCUCAGGUUUGGAGCCCUGUGGAAGUUCCGUUACCAAGUGUGGCCUCGGAUGGAAGAAGGGGCUAACAUGUACUUCAAGCUGCCCCCACCCAGCAUUGACUUCACUCUGCCGUCACCAACUAUUGGCCUGCCGAGCCUGACUGUUGUGGACCCCCCGUGGAUGCCGCACUUCAAGACCAAGAUAGAAGAAGUCACAGUCAACCAGGAGGAAACGAAAUCUCUGGUCACUGCAACAACAACCCGUCGAAAGCAACAACAGGAAAUGAUCCGUAAAGCAUUGCUAGCGGAGGAAGAACGGAAACGAGUAGGACGAGAGAACUUCCCAAUGACUACUGUCCCUGUCACUCAACUGGCCGCAUAUGAACCGUCCCUUCACCACGGUGAUGCAGAGCAUGAGGAAGUGGCGCAGGAGGAGAUGGCGCUGGCUGCUCGCCGCGUGUCCUUGGCCCCGACCAAUCGGGCAAAUAACCAGAGCCGCAGCAUGUCCUGGCGCAACGGGAGCCUGCACUGGGGGCGGCUGGCGGCCGAAGGAGACGAAGAUCGUCUGGAGCACAGCCACCACCUGCAGACUGCGCAGGCUGUCUUCCCAUCAUGCAUCUGUGCUGCGGUGCUUCCUGUACUGCAUCUUUUGGAUGACCAUGACGUGAAUAAUGAUGGCGUGUCAGUGGCUGAAGUGGCAAACAAAGUCAUCUGGGACUGUAUUGUGGAUGAGCCGAUUCUGUUCUUGCGACAUUUCCUGGAGAAACUCACCCACAAAGACCGACAGGAGGAGCUGAUGUUUCUGCUGAGGAAACUGAUCAUCUACUUCCCUCGUAUGCCUGCUCAAGCCGCUCACUCUAUCUUCAACUAUCUGAUUGGCUACAUCAUGUUCUACGUGCGUUCCCCUUGUGAAGGAGGUCAAGACGCUAUCUCUGGGGCUCUGUCUCUGCUGUGGCUGUGCAUUCCCAGUGUGGAGGGCAUUUACUUCAAGGAUCUGAAACAGACACUGAAGAAAGAGCAAUGUGAUCCAUACUUGCUGGUGUCUGCCAGUGUUGCCAGUGCAAAGAAGAUCCUGGUGCACGGACCUGAUCUGUCCAGCAUCCCGUCACAGCUGCCUAUUCAUGAGGACACUCAGUUCUUUCAGAUACUGCAGGAGAGCUUGGAGUUCUUCAACAUUCCGGAAGAACAGCACGACUCACACUUCUUGGUGGACACUAAGACUCAUCAAAUGCACAAUAGCACUUCGUACGUGCGAGACUUCUACUUCUUCCGGAGGAACUUCUACCCACAGCUGAGCCUGGUGCACAUGAACCCUGACGAUGCCAAACUGGCUCUGCAGAAGAGGGUGUUCAUGCUGAAGUCUGUGGAGGUGGGCAAGGUGUUGCUGACCAAUGCAGUCAUGGAGAGCACUCCUCCGCACCAGUGCUUUGCGGGUAGUUGGAGGGCGCCAUUGAUGCAGAAUCACGUGAGCUUUCUACACGAGGAGUUGAGCAAACUGCCGUCUUUUCCACGCAAGGCACUGGAGACAGAGUUUGAUAUGUACUCGGGAGCCUGGGGCAAGGAAAUUUUUGGAAUGGACUCUUUACACAAGUACUCCUGGGCAAAGCUGAUGGGUACGGUGUUCAACUCCAUGUCCAGCACAUUCACCUGGUCCACAGACCUGUCCCUGUUUAUCAAUGUCCUCAACGGGACCAUUGUCCUCCAGUUUGAAGACACUGCCAUCUUGCGCUUUUGCCUGGCCACCCUCAUCAAUGCCAGCCGACACUUUAAGCACAUUUUUGCAACCAAUGGGUUUCUGUACAUCAUGCCCACCCUACUGCGUGUGUACAGCAACAACCAGCCCAACCCCGUGCUGCGCCAGGCCGUGCACUUUGUGUGUAAACAGUUCUACAUCCUGCACCGCAAGCCCUUCAUCCUGCAGAUGUUUGGCAGCGUGGCCCCGAUCCUGGACAUGACCUGCGCCGCUGGAGGGGUCAAGGAUUGCACUAAGGUGCAGCCAGAGAGUCUGUUUAAGUUGUUGCUGGCCCUGGAGAGAGACUGCCCUGACCACCUGUCUGUGCUGGACCUGGUCACUGGGGAGAAGCCACUGAAAGCUUUGGACUUUUGCUAUGAGAAUGAUAUGGAUGCCUUCAACAUGAUGGACGUGGUCAGUAUGUGUGUCACAGUCAUCGCUUAUUCACCUGACUCUCCUCGCUCUGGACAAAUGCUGACUGUGCUGGAGAUGAUGAUCCCACGCUACCUAGACCACCUGAAAAAGGAGACGACUCGACGGGACAACUCCACGGCGGCCAAAGCAGAAGUGGCCUCUAUCACCAGUCUGGCUGUGGCUGUGCGAGCAUUGGUUGCCUGCUGCGAGUCUUUUGCCAGGAGUAUGAGUCUUCCCCAGCGGUUCCUGGAAGUUACCAGCACCACUGGCUCUAAGCCCAUGCACAACCACAGCAUCCACUCUCUCACCGUGGAUGACCGUGAGGAUUCACAUGCCAGUCGUCAUAUGGAGGAAGGGCGUCGAAAGACGUACACACAUGACCCCGACGAUCUCGAAGUCCGAGAUGACUUCCGCAAGCCCAGAGACUCGCUGCUGUCAAUCUCUGCCGAGUUCUACACAAAGUGUCAUGGUCGCCUAAAAGAACUUCGCAAAAUCCUGGCAGACCCGGCCUUCAGACCCCCAGAACUGUUGGACUACAAAGCUCACAAUAGACUGGCUGAAGUGGCCCACACAUUGCUCAAACUGGCUCCCUAUGACCCUCUCACCAUGGCCUGCACAGGUCUACAGAGGUACAUGUUGGAAAUCUUGCCCAACACGGACUGGUCGCAGGAGCUGAUCCGACCAGCUCUGAACCUCAUCCUUCGACGUCUGGAUCGGUUGUUCUCGAAAGUCUCCAAAAAGUCAGCUCUCAGGCGUCAACUUGACUGGGAGGCAGCUGCCAAUAUUCUGAAAGGUGUGUACCAAACGCUCAAGAAAUUCUCCUUCAUUGCUCUCCUGCCUCAUCUCAAGACUCUGGUCAACAUCCUGAUCACCAUCUUGCUGACCAGCACGGGCUCCGGCUCUCUGCUCCCUGAGUCCCUGAUCAACCCGGCGGGCAGCCACCGCAGCGAGCCAGGCUCCCUACAGACUGACGCCACACCCCUUUUUGUGUCGGCGGUGGUCAAGCUGGUGGCUAUGCAAAUGCAGGCCCUAGGGGACCAGUACUCUCUUGAGCAAAUCUGUGGUGGAGUGAGUGCCUUCUCUGCCAAUGAGAAAUCCCUCAAUCUUCUUAUCAACUUUAUCCUGCCUCUGUGUAUCCGAGUGGGCAGCCACUGCAGAGACACGCCCCGCAUGAGUCACACGGACAUGGUGUUUGUGCUGACCAUCAUCGUGAACCUGUUGAACCCGCCCAGUUCUCCGACCGGGGGCGGUCAGAACAGUGUGGGGAAGCCGCUCUAUCUGUCCACCGGGGAGCACGGUCGAUGUGGCAGCAUAUCGCAUGCGGACAAGCAGAGCAGCAAGUUCGCAUCGGAGCUCCAUCACUACACAGCUCUUGUUGGUCUGGAGAUUUUGACUGUUUGCUUUGACCGACAGCUGUCGUCACAAUGGCAUCAGGUGGCCAAGACCAUUCAGGCCAUGGCAUCCAAGGGCAAAGUGGACCUUCCCCUGUGGAAGUUUCUGGAUUUUCUGGUCACCCACCGUCCGUCUUUGUUCAUUUUGCUGCAAACUUUCAUACAGUUCAGGAUGAUGCGAGUGAACUGCGACACGGCCCAGGAGUACUACCUUCAGCAGACGGUGCGUGACAAGCUCCAGGGGUACACCUUCUCCUACCACAAGUCAGCCUCAGCCAUACUGGUCAACCUGGCCGUGGAGCUGAGGCAGCUGCGAGAUGAGCUAGCCAACUCUUCCGGAGCAGCGUACAGAUCCCGCACUGCGACAUUCGCCACCGAGCACUCAGACUUCUCCCAGACCCAGCUGCCAGACCGCCUCCCACAUGCCAGCAUCACGGAGAUAGCCGCAGAGAUUAUUGGACCAACCAGAGCCAGCCAUGCCUCUCUCAUCAAACGCUCCAAUGGAGCCACCCUGUUGUCCCAGUCCAGCUCCAGCACCGGCACGCUGCCCCGGCCCUCGGCGGUCAGCACAGGGGAGGAGAGCCCUGCUUUACAGCGCUCCAGGUCCAGCAAACGCAUCACGGCCAGGCAGGGCAGCUGUAUCCUGGAGAAGUUCUCCAAGAAAAGCGUUGUCGAAGAUACCAUUGAAAUGGUUGCUCCCCACUCACCACUCCUCCAACGACAAGGCACCAUUCGUUUCCGUGGCAACCUGUCCAAACAAAACAGCCUCGAGGUGGAUGGCCCAAUGGCAGAGGUCGUUUACGAGAAUGAGGACACAGAGACUGCUAACGGUAGAGCAGGAAUGGCAUCAGAAGCAGCCACAGCCCUGGCGGCCGGCGAAGACCCCAGAGGCCACCGUCUCCAGCGGCAAGAUGCCAAAAGCCGUAAAACAUUCAAGAUCAAACGGGCGAAGACAAAGACCUCGAUGCGGCCGCGCUUCAUGUCGCACCGUCGUCGGCCCGACUUCUACGGCCCGGAUGGUGAGAAUGCUGGCCCAGCCAGUGAGGACUCGCCAUCUCACACGGCCGUGGUCUUCCACGACAGGGGAAGCAACAACAAUGCGUUCCAGCUGCGACGUCCAGGCGGGUCGGGGAUGGCGCGGUCGGUGGAGACAAUCCCCGAGUCUGUGGAAGUGAAGCAUCAUGCUGUGGUUCAAUCUGCACGCGCACGCUUCCUGCAGCGCUCAAAGUCCCACGAUGACCCAAGCAACUCCCCAACGAGUCAGAAGGACCGUAACAACACCACGACGAGGACUGGACGAAUCCACCGCCAGGGUGGUCGUAUCGUCCACUCCCGGUCACCCUCCGUCAGCCCAUCAGUCAGCCCACGACAUAGUUUCCAUCGCAGGAAGGGACACCAGGAACACAGCAUGAGCCUACACAGCGGCGAGCAAACGCAGAGUGUGGAUAGAGACGCCUACCACUCCAAGUUGGCGACUCAUGCGGCUCAACAGCUAGCGGCCUUGCCUUCUCCUGAAGGCGGUGCCACCGAAACUCAUCAGCUGAAGCAAUAUCCCGAAGCCACCAGCAGUGUGGUUGCUGACAAAGGAGACAGACCUGGACGCCGAAGAAUCGGCUCCUCGGGAGAACAAAGAAAGUCGAGAUCAGACGCGUUUUUUCAGAGAGCUCAAAGUUCUGACUUGCCUGGGAAAUCUUUCCCUGGUUCUUCUACCCGAAUUUCUGGCACUGAGAGCUCACAGUCACUAGAGAGCAGCUGUAGAGGCUCUGAUAAGGGUAGAUCUGCUACAGAAAGUUCUGUGUCCUUCUCUUCCCUCGAUACCGUUAUUUCCCCGACCUCCGCGAAAAGAUUACCUGAUAGUAUAAGCAGUCCAGCAAAAGAGGAAAAUGACCGUGGGCCGAAGUCGCCAACAAGUCAAGUUUUGCUAAAUUCCCCUGUGUUUAGUCCAGUUUCGGGGCCUCCGUUGGCUUCCAGUGCUGUCCCGAGCCGCCGGGCAGCUGUUCGUAAACCCCAAGGGGCAGUCGCAUCGCCUGUGUUACAAGACACAGUCCCAUUUGCGAGUUCGGCUCUUGAGCAGAUAAAAUCUUACAGCUCUCCCCCCUCAACGCCUGGCACAGAGAACAUGGAGGCUCAGCAGAAGCUUUUCUCUCCAAGUACCCACCCCCAAACCUACAGUCAGCCUCCAACUGGUGCUGUGUCUAAUCAAGGUCAGAGGUCACAGUACUCUAGCACAGCCCCAGCCCUCCUGUCCCCAACACGUCUAUCACAGCCUGUACCGCAGAAACCUCCUCACCCCCCUCAGAGAAGCUCUCUUACAUCUAUGACAUCCCAACACGAGCCUCAUACCCCUCUGUCUGGAGUCCCUUCUACCUCACCACCGUUAAUGUCCCCGUCACACUCUCCGAUCCGCAAAACAUCCAUAAGUGGGUCCUCCACCCAAACGUCACCAAGUCACAUGACUUCCUUUAGCUCCUCCCCCAAUGACUCUCCUGUCCGUAAGCCGUCGUUCAGCUCCUCCCAAACCUCUCCGACUCGCAAAGUCUCGUACAGCUCCUCCUCCACCGACUCCCCCACCCAUAAGCUGUUCGUCAGCUACCGUAACACCCCGAGCCACCGUACAGGCUACACCUCCCCACAAGACAGCCUCCAGCGUAAGACAUCAUUCAGUUCCUCCUCCCAUGGUUCCCCGGUGCGAAAACCUUCGUUUAGCUCCUCCUCCGACUCGCGACAAAAACCGACCUACAGUUCCACCACCAGCUCUCAGAGCUCGAUUCUUUCUUCCCCAACCCACAUCCCUAUAAUGAACUACGGAGUUCUCUCCCCUGAUCACAGCCCGACUCGUGUGACAAUGGCGUUCCCUCCACCGCGGCGUGCUUUCUCACCUGAAGGUGUAGACAGACAUGGCGUUGGCAGUACAGGAGGAGGCCAUCAGGCUAGGAGCAUGAGCCCUUAUCGUUACCAGAGAAAUGAUUGGAGGUCAAAAAGUCCUUCACCUCUGACCUCUCCCACUCGUGAUAACACCAAUAAAUAUGGUGGAAGAUGGAGGAACCCUUCACCGUUGACCUCUCCUACUCGUGAUGUCACAAAGUAUGGAAGACCGUCUUCCCCCAAGAUGGAUGGAUCUGCAGGGAUGACUCUACAAGAAGGGUCAACAGGCACUAGUCACCCAAAGUCGUACCCGUACUCCACAGGGUCUGCUGGUGGCAGUUGGAUCAGUCCCGGAGACAAAAAUAAACCAAUUGUAGCAGUCCGGCACAAGCCAGCGACAAAGUCCACAGCCUGGGCCAAUCAAGGAUCCGAACCUUCUGCAGCACAAACAGAAGGUGAUAGUAUUUUGAUCCCCCCGCCGAAACCGACCAGUCUGGAUCUGAGAGACCGUAACUCUCCUGGUCAGCGAGGGCCUUCUCCUGGGGCGACAUCAGAUGGUCAGUUGGUCAAGCUACAGAGUCCACCGUCAUACCGACCACCUGGUGUGCGUGGUCUGGUUAGUAACUUUGAGAAGAAAACUACCGUUGGCGACCCUUCGUCCUCGACAAGGAGUGGCGGCCCUCAAGGUUAUUCCCCUUCUCCAUCCACUCAAAGUGAGACAGGUUCCAAUUUUUCUUUACACUCGAAAAGAUUCAGUCCACCUGCAUAUACCUACACCUCCCCUUUGUCGUCUAGAUCUAGUUAUGAGGGGGUGUCCUCCCCUCCGCCUCUCUCCUACACUUCUCCGAUAUCUCGACCAAACAUGAGUUACCGCCCGUCCUCCCCUCUAGGCGAGUUGGGUCGGUCCCCUGUAGGCACCCCCAGUAGCGGCGGUAGCGACUCUCGCUCAUUCUCGCGCAGCGACGGAAGAUCUUCCAUUUACCCCGACUCGAGAACAUCAUAUGAUGGAAGUUCAAGGUCUUCUUCCACUCUGAGGUCAGAGGAGAGUCCACAUCACAACAGAGCUCGUAGCCCCCUGUCAUCUAGCGUUUAUGUCGCUCGUUGCGACUCUUCCGAUUCGCUUAGCGCAAACGAAAGCUCCUCUCUGCUGCGGGAUGAGGAGAAAAGUCAGUCUUUGAGUUCUCUGUACUACGCCGAUGAAGAUAUCCCUGAUGCUGUGUAAUGAUAAGGGUGCCACUUUCCCUGAAAAUCUUUGUUGUUUUUCAGAGAAUGUGCAAUAAUAAUGUCACAGGCUAUCUGCUUUUUGUAAUACGACAUUUUAUAUUCCCAUUUUUUGCUUGUGAUAGGCCAGAGUUUUUUUUGGUUUUGUCCACCGUGUAUGUUCUGGAAAUUCUAUUGCAUAGAUAGUGCGCCUUAUGUGAGAUGUACUACACUAUACCAGGCUUGUAACUUGUUAAAGAUGACUUGCCACUUGUGAACCUCUGUCUGUGCCCUGUAUAAUGAUGUUGUUAUGGUGAGCUUACUGUUUAAAGAGAGUUACUUAUUGUAUUGGUGAGCUACCCGUUUAAAUAUAUAGAGUUUCUUGUUAUUGUUUUGGUGAGUUUACUAUUUCAAAAUUUAUGUAAUUCCCUUUGUACUUUUGUAUACAUACUAUUACUAUUUAAAGUUGUUUCAGUACAAUGUAUUAUUUCAGCAUGAUUGAUCUAUAUAUACUGCUCCCUAAAUUAUCUAAAUUGUAAUACUUUUUAUACUUUAACAAAAAUAUCAAUUUUUUGUUGUUGUAAUUAAUAAAAAUCCAAGAAAUAUGAUUGUACUCAGCUGACGUAUUAUCGUCGCCCUUUUAAUUUUUCUAAAUUCUACACAUGUGCGAGACUUGAAAGAUCCUAUCCUGGUUUACUUGAGUGUGAAAUGUAGUUGGAAGUCAUGGAAAUCCCUGCAAGGAAUGGUAGCUUUUGUAACUGUACUACCAAUACAACCUGUAGUUAAAAAUGAGUAUGAGGUAGAAAAAUAAAAACCGGGUACAUACGUGUAUGCUGUUCAUUUAAAUUUGUGGUCCUUACGCUUUUUUAUUUGAACACAAAAAUUAUCACUUUCCAAAGCCCCUUUUUCACUAAAAGGUUUAUUUGGGAUUUUUUCAGGGUACUAAUGUACUUUGUCUCAAGGAUGACGGAUUUGCGCGACCAACACAUCACUUAGCUAGAGUAUGAAGCUGAAAGUAAUCGCUGAACAAUGUGUAAUAUUAACCCAUCUUCUUUUAGAUCUGUCUUGACACAACAUUAUUAAGUAUUAGCCUUCUUUUUCUUUUAGAUCUGGCUUGAAUAUUAUAUCUUUAAAGUAUUCGCCCUCUUUUUCCUAUAUAGAUGUGGCUUGAGCAUUACGUUACUCAUUAAGUAUUAGCCUUUUUCCUUUUAUAUUUUUCUUGAAUAUUAUAUUUUAAAGUAUAAGCCCCUUUUCUUUUUUAUCUACGCUCGUAACUUGAAUGUGAAAAUGAGUAGUAGCUGUGUCCGACUUUAAGGUUAAAUUGAUUAUUUUUAAAGGACAAACACACGUUAUUUUUGUUGUUGUGGAUGUUCUCUUGAAGGGUAUUAGAUAGUUGGAGAGAAAGAGAGGAGAGAGAUUUCCUGUGAUUACUAUAACUAUGAUGCUGUUACUGUUAGAUUUGCUGUUGGAUCAUAGUUCUGCAGAAGUUUUUGUUGCUGUAGACGUCAUGCUGUUGUUGUUGUUCUAUAAAAGCUGAAGACUCUCUGUGGUCAAAACUGUGUAACAUAACAUGAGUUAAAGUAUUCUGCUAAAUUGGUGGAGUUUUUCCUGCACUUCUCCUGAAAGAGAGAAAAAAAAAAUGGGGUCGAGGGGGGGGGGGGGGGUGGGGGCGCUAUCGGUUGUGGUGUGUUCAUUCUACUUCUUUGUCAAAGUUACUGUUAUUGUAAUCUGCUUCCUAGCAGAGUGUGAUUAUUUUCAGUCAGGAUUGUGGUAUUCAUGAAUUCACUUCAACUCCUAGUGUGUGAUAAAAAUUAUACUUGUUAAGCAUUUUCUUAUAACUCAGCGUAGCAAUAAAAGUUGUUGUUUAGAAUCUUACAGAAACUUACAAUGACUUCCAUGUUGGUCCAAGACGAUGUACCGGGUAUUAUCUUUGUCUGUCGUGUAUGUGUUAUCUGUAUCAUUUUCAUGUGUACCAGGUAUACAUAUUUUUAAAAAUUUCAGUCAGUUGUGGUUAAAAGCAAGAGGUGAUUUUUAAUUUUUUUUUUUUUUUAUAUUCAACUUGUGCAUAUAUAUAUAUUUUAUACAAUUAAGGCAUGUGCAAUAUAAUGGAACCUUGUAACCUCUCCUGUUUCCCCUUACACACUUUUACCGUUAUGUCGAAUCACUGCUUUGGGGUUCUGCAUCGACCCAUAUUCUUUGAUAGUCAGCCUGAUGACACUGAUAUAACACUUGUAGUUCUAUACAAAGACAUUUCACUGCACAGACACGCGAUAUUGCGUGACCUACCGUAAAUCUUGCACUGAAUGCUGUAGUCAAAGGAAUGAUUAGUGGUAAUAUCAGGUAAUAGUAAAGUAUGAGCCCCCAUAUCUUUGCACAUCAUGACAAUCUCAGCCCACCUUUUCUAGCUCCUGGAAGACUUUGCUGAAACCCCCCUGUAAUCCCUGGUUGCGCACCAGGUCAGGUAAUUAAAAGAACGGGGCUACACUUUACUUAUACCCAAUAUCAUCAUAGAAACGAUACAUUGCAUAAUGGCACAAAUUUUGCUGAUAAUAUGAACACUCAAUUGAAAACAAGUUCACAGCACUGUCAUAUUUUCUGCACUACACUAUACCCAAUAAUCGAGCACAAAAUAGCAUAAUUUUAGAAUUAUUUACCAACACAUUUUGCAUGGUACUUGUACUUCAUUGCUUCUCUUUGUUUCGUAGUAUGUCUAUCACAAAAUGGCCAGCUCUAGAAUAACUUUUUGUGCAGGAGACUGGAAGAAAUUUGCCUCCGUCUCUUUACUACUUUUUUUUUAUUUCUUUGCCUUGUUUUCACAGAAAUACAUAAACACAUGUGGAUUUUGUUUCAUUAUUUUAGGUUGGAGAAUAUUUUGGGGGAAAUCUUAAACUUGGCCAGUAAGCGACUGGAACUAUUACCUGAACUUAUUUUUAUAAAUUAACUGACCAUGGUAGUUUUUUCAUUGUGAAAAUGAAGUGAUUUUGUUUUUUUGUUUCGAAAUAGAUGAGUUUUACAAGAACUACACCACAUCUCACGAGAGAUAGGAGAGCAUUGAUGCUGAGACUUUUUAAAAAAAUGUCCACUGUUUUUUAUGGCUUUUGUAGAUUAGAAACAAGUCUGAGCUGAGGCCUACAUUGAUUCAUGUAAUAUGUCAGAAGGCUUUGGGCUCCCUUGUCUAUUAGGCUUGGUGUUGGACUUGUAAUUAAGUAAUGUUUUGGGUAUUGUUCCCAGCUCUAUUAAACAGAACAACUUAAACAGUAACUGAAAAAAGUAAUAGAUAGUAUCUGUGGAGCGUAAUUUCCUGCUCAACUGCAAGCUCUAUGCGCUUUACAGUCUAUAUUACAUAUAACUAGAAUUAUAAGUCGUAUUACCAUUUGUCCAGUGGCAAAAGAGUACAUGUUUUGAUGGCGAUGGAAAAUAAGUAUGGUAACGGUUGAGCUCUUUACAGGAUGCCACACUAUAUACGGUAUGUCACUUUAGGGACUGUGAGAGAAAAACUCAGAUUGAACAGGUGGACAUAACAAAUUGUUUUGAAACCAUUUUUAAAAAUUGGUUUUCUGAGGCUGUACUGUAUAUUAUAUUUGAGUGGGAGCAGAUUCAGUCCUUUAGGAGUAAUGAUGGGAGGAUCUCCCAGCCAUAGCUAAAACAGCAAGAACAGCCGAGUAAAACGAACCAGGACUUCUGUUGAGUUAAUAAUGUCACAUGUGACACUCACUGAAAACGCUCUUCUGGAUUCUCAUGUCUCAUCUCUCUACCUUAUACAGAGGAGCCUGCUGAACUUGAACUUUGGUAAUUAAUACACCCCCCCAUCUCCUUUUCCCAGAAUCUGGGUAGUAGUACAAAGAUAUCAGCUCCUUACUAUAACAAAUUGACAACAAGCUUAAUAAUAAAUUCUGCUCUUCUUAACUUCAAUAAAGAAAGUUAAGUGAAAAAAUAAUGUUUUUCUUCUUUCAGCAUCACUACCAGCCUCUUGAAAGAAAGCGUCAUUUCAUUACUUUGAUCACGUUAGGUCUAUUUGUUUACUUUUUACUAAGUUUGUGAUCAGCCUCAAUUCAUGGAUGACAUCAGUAUCAGAACCCUCAGGACGACUUCUGGAUAGUAGUUGAAAUAGUUGAAAUGCAAUCAGAUCCAUUAAGACAUAUUUCUGUAUUUGUUACAAGUUUUUUGUCAAAUUUUAAAAUUUUGUAUACUUUUUGUAUAAUUGCUGAUGAUUAAAUCUGUUGCCAAAAUAUUUCAUUGCACUGAGUGAUGUUCCAGACAAAAAUUGAAUUUUAAAAAAUGGCAGAUACUCUGUGUUCUGAUGUUUAAGAAUAGUUUCACAUUCUUUUAAUAGAAACUGUGACCUUUUGAAAAGAUAAGCAAUAAUUGUUUUUCAUUCAUGCUGUAUGAUGAUGAAAUCCAAACUCGACCCAGUCUGUCUGUGUAUCUUUAGUCUUGUCAUGUGAUCCUGAAUGCUUACAGAAGGGUGCAUCUUUGCGACUGAAGGGAAAGGGUUGAAACAUUUUUGUGUGCUGAUUAUUUUCUGGUUUUUCGUGUUAAUGCUAGACGUGUCCCCAUGGAUAGUGUUUUCAUGUUCCUUGAGCCAGCAGCAUCGUAUUUAAAUUACAGUUCCAUUAGGAGUACCGUGUCCAUAAUUACAGAAGAGGCUCAAUAUUUCAUAACAUAGCAUGACAUGGUGAUCAAAACAAUAAAAUUUAGUUCAAAAUACAA